AUGAAAGUGUACAUUUCGAAGGCGUCCGGCUGCUCAGAAAAUGCUCGCUCUUCUCUUUUCACUCCUCGCUCUCUCUUCUCUUCUCUGGCUCUCUCUCUCCUUCUCUUCUCUGGCUCGCUCUCCCCCUCUCUUCUCUGUCUCUCUCUCUCUCUCUUUCUCUUUCUGGCUCUCUCUCUCUUCUCUUCUCUGGCUCCUUCUCCCUCUCUUCUCUUGCUCUCUCUCUCCUUCUCUUCUCUGGCUCUCUCUCUCUCUCUCUUCUCUUCUCUGACUCUCUCUCCCCCUCUCUUCUCUGACUCUCUCUCCCCGUCUCUUCUCUGGCUCUCUCUCUCUCUCUCUCUCUCCCUUCUCUUCUCUUGCUCUCUCUCUCUCCUUCUCUUCUCUGGCUCGCUGCUCGCUCUCUCCUCUUUUCACGCUCACUCGCUCUCUCUUCUCUUCUCUGGCUCUCUCUCUCUUUCUCUUCUCUGGCACUCUCUCCCCCUCUCUUCUCUGUCUCUCUCUCUCUCUCUCUCUUUCUCUUUUCUGGCUCUCUCUCUCUCCUUCUCUUCUCUGGCUCGCUCUCCCACUCUCUUCUCUGGCUCUCUCUCUUUCCUUCUCUUCUCUGGCUCUCUCUCUCUCUCUCUCUUCUCUUCUCUGACUCUCUCUCCCCCUCUCUUCUCUGACUCUCUCUCCCCGUCUCUUCUCUGGCUCUCUCUCUCUCUCUCUCUCCUUCUCUUCUCUUGCUCUCUCUCUCUCCUUCUCUUCUCUAGCUCGCUGUCUCCCUCUCUUCUCUAG